UUUGUGAAGUGGUGUACCGUCUUAAAUUGAUGGAGGAAAAUGGCGGAUUACGUCUCAAAGAAACGGCCCAGCAUGGUUUGGUGGUGUUUGGUGAUAGCUUUGGUGACAACCCCAGUGCCUUUUUCUUUCGCCUUGUAUAUAGAGGGAGAAGUUGAGACGUUCGACAAUUGGAUCUUUCUGGCCCGGUUUUGUUUCCUGUCUGAUAUCGGGAGACUUCGAUUUGAAGUGGAAUACCCAAAGUCCCUUGCUACACAGAACCUCAUUUUGUACUAUGAUGAACCAGACCAGUGGCCAUCAGUUUAUCCCACUGAGUCCGUCGAAUUGAAGACGUGCUUGGAGAAGGAGUCCGUUCUCAAGCCCGAGAAUCAUCAAGUGAUCAACCUGACUACGCAGUACGUCUGGUCAGGCUGCAUCUUGACCAAACUGGAUGACAAUGAACAGCUCCGGUUUUACGGGGACACAGAGAAGUAUGACUGCCGGGCAGGUCGGAGCUUCACGUCAAGACGAGAGCGUUGGUGGUACGUCGCCUUGGACAACUGCAAUUCUACUCGGGGCCUGUACCUGAAGUACAAGAUGACCUUUACAAAUGGGGAUGAUUAUUGGACUAAGCAUUUUUCUGCGGAUCAAUUUGGAAUUCUCCAAACCGACAUUGUGUUCCUGAUCUUGUUUGGCCUGAUGUUUUUUGCAUCGCUAUACAUCGCAAAUGGAUUGCACUGUCGCCAGUUGCUGCACACAACGUACAAGAUGUUCAUGGCAGUCAUUUUCUUUAACAUGAUCUCCAUGACACUGUUCAUCAUCUUCUAUGCGGACUACGCCAGUGAUGGUACCCCCCUGCAGAAUGUCAAAAUGGCUGCACUCGCUUUCCAGGCCAUCGCAGACGGCGUGUUCCUGCUCAUGCUGAUCCUCAUGGGAAAGGGCUACACCAUUACCAGAGGGCGCAUUAGUCAUUCUGGAAGUGUCAAGAUCGCAGUGUUGAUGUGCAUCUACACUAUGCUCUAUGCUGCCCUAUUUGUCUACCAAGUGGUGAUAUUUGACCCCGGCGAAGUCUUGUACCUCUACGAGAGUCCCGCUGGUUUUGCACUGAUUGGUAUCCGUGGUAUCUGCUGGCUGUGGUUCAUGUACGCCAUCUUCUUUACACUCAAGCACUACCCAGAAAAGAACCUGUUCUACGUGCCUUUCUUCUUGUUUUACACAGCUUGGUUUGUGGCUACUCCCAUAAUGAUCCUGAUAGCGACCUAUGUGUUUCCCAAGUGGUGGCGGGAGAAAGUGAUGAACGUGAUAGAGCUGCUGAUCGCUUUCACAGCCCAGCUGGUAUUUCUGAUCAUAACGAGGCCCUCAGCAGCCAACAAGAACUUCCCAUAUCACGUUCGGACAUCUCAAAUAGGCGUGGUCAAUGACCCGUACGGCAGUGCCGGCAACAAUGUAGAUGCCUUUGAGCACCAUGGUUACGGCAAUACCAUCCUACAGAAUGAGGGACAGGUGCCCAAUUUCACCGAGAUGUUUGCUGUGACAGGGAGCAACAGGGGUCCAUCAAAUGGAUACGUAGUCAAUGGCAAUACAGGAGCACAGAAUUCAGCAAUUGCAUCCAUGUUUAUGGCCAGCACACCUUGGAAUGGUAAUGGAGUGACUUCAGCAUCACUUAAUACCAACCAUAAAUCUCCAGACCACCUACAAACACUGAAGGAACAAGGAAAGCCAAACGAUGUAGCAUCCAUGUUUGUAUCGCACACGACUAACAGUAACAGCGGCAACAGUUCCUUCAUUAAGAAUAACGGAUUCAUGGACCCACACUAGGUCACCGUGGUAAGCAUAGCAGGCAUACGACCAGUCAGCAUUUCACCACUUGGAUUAUUGGUUGGAGUUUGAGCUUGGUUGCUGUGAUGGCCGAGUCAACCGGCUUCUGUCAUCAACAGCGUUGUCAUGACAGCAGUACAGCCAAUCAGCAACAACUGUGGAGUACAUAUAGCUUCUUGUCAACCCCUACCAACAAGCAACCUCUUCAGACAGGUGUCUGUAACCGUGUCCUGCUCAAACGCAUUUUGGUGAUCAAAUUAAUAUACAGGUAUAUGUUGAAAUGCAGUGUAACUUAUUCUUUGACAGCAAUAAAUAGAAUAUUUUAUGCCAGGAUUGUCAGUUUUCAUAUUUAGUUUCAUGUUUCCAAAUUCAGUAUUUCUUUUACAUUUUCAUAAUUGUUAAGUUAAAGAUACCAUGACAUGUAUAUCUUACAUUGGUUGUCAAGCCACUGAAGUAGAAACUAAACAGUUUUAUCUUCUCACUUUUCUUUUCUCACAUCAGCCACUACAGUCUUUCAGUUUUUUUUAACUGCCGAUUUCGUACUCGACGCACUUUUUGUCCCCAUAGAGCCAGCUGAAAUGUGAACAAAUUUGUACACUGGUUGAUUUCUUACCUUUUUUACAGUAACAAUGUACAUGUACAUGCGUAAAGUCCUCCCAUUUUGUCUAGUCAGUGACAGACAAAACUAGUGACUAGUAUCAGUACUCAUUAGGAUGAGCUCAGAGGCUGCCAUCUUGGAGUUUGGAAAGAAAUGUGUAUUCAGAAAAAAAGUCAGCUGAAAAAAAAACACGAGAAAGUAGAAAUGCACCAAUUUGGCCAGUACCAUCGAGAAGACGACACAGGUGAAUUCCAAAAGAUUUUCCAGUGAGAAGUCUUAAAAGAACAAAUUGUUGUUGAUGGGAAAUUUCCCAAUAAAAUACUGCUCACUUAAAGAGGGCACAAUUGUAUAUUGGAGUGAUUAAUUAUUAUUCAUGUUGUACUUAGGUAUUUGGAAUUUAAGUUUAAUGUACAGUCUUCUGAUAUAUUGUGUAAAUAUUUUCCUGUAUGGCUGAAACUGGAGUGACCUAUUAAUUAAGGUUAUGUAAUAGCAGUGCAAGAAUACUAUGUAUGCUAAAUGUACAUGUACCAGUAUACAUGUACGUAGUUGGAAACCAUCCAAGGAAUGUAAAAUGUUGUUUGCAGUGGAUAGUAAAGAUGGUCAUAGUCUACAUGUAUCAUUGUAGUUCCGAUCAUCACAGAAAGUAUUGGAGGAUGUUUGGAUCACUCCCCUGGGGAAAAUUACUUUGGGACUUACACUCACAUUGUCUACUUACAUGUACAUUUGAUACUUGUACUCAAGCACUACAAGGAGGCGUGCAUGCGCUGUCUUGUCCGUGCAGACAACAUGCAUGCAUCCCAAAUGCAAAGCCCCUUUCAAGCAAAGUACACCCACGGGCACAAAGGCGAAAUCUUACGUGUAGUUGCAUUGUAAGUGCAUAGUAGAGGCAGUCAGGUGUCCAUCAGUGGUUGGACUUUCUUACCCCUGACUCUGCGCAAGAUGCGCGGUGGCAGAAAGCAAGGGGGUCACAGUUGUGAGACACCAGGCUAGGCACUGCACUUUUCUUUUGUCCAGAUCUAGGGCCUACCUGACAGUACAUACAUGGACCUGCCAAUGGAAGGUGGUGGGCAGGGGAUACAUGUAUAUCAACCUGUGGAAGUUAUAGUACAUGUUCAUGCCAUCCUUGCCCCUUCCCCCUCCCUCUUUUUGGUACGGAGCACGAUCAAGACUUGCAGAUGGUAAACUUAAACCACAAGCAAUAGAUUUUCUUAAUUUAUGUUGAAUUCUUUUUCUUCAAAUAUGAAAUAAUUAUUAUACAUGUAAGUAUUUUUCAUGGCGACUGUUUGCUAGGUUUCACAUGUGUACCGGGUAUUUGUGAAUUUUUGAAUGUAGAGAUAAGAAAAAUUACAUAAUGAACAAACACUGUGACUAGAUGAAUUGAGAUGGUCACCUUUCACUGUGAGAUCUUUUUGAUGACAGUCUCUCUUGUUUGCACAGGCACAAGAAUGGCAGAUACACGAUGUAUGCACAUGUGAGAUGAAUUUUGUGGGUAACCAAAUCAAAUAUCUAUUGUAUCUCCAAAGUUCCGGUUAGAGCACAUCGCCAAACUUUGCUCCUAAGCUACUUCUCAGCAUCCCAGUAAUUGGCAUAGUAUUUUGCAGAUAAUCACUUGCCUUUCAUUUUCAUGAAUGGGACCAUCAUCAUGUUUGCAAAGUUGUACACGAAUUGCAAUUCUUUGUAAAUCGUGUGCAGAAAAAAACAAAACAUUAUCCAAAAUUGACCAGAACGUCGAGGAAAGAAGCUUGGAGGUCAUUGGUUUUACAUUUUGCAAGAUUCAUAAAGGCCUUUAGCUCAUACAUGGCACUGACAUCCUGGGACUCAUUUUUACAGAGCGGGUUACAUGUACAUACAUGUACAAUAUAUCUGAUAAUGGGGAAGAUGGAGGUUUUCAUUCUGUGGUAAUGUUUCUAAAUAAGAUUGCCUUUGUUGCUAGUGGUUACGUGGAUCAAAACCCCUUCACCUCAAAAAAGGUAAACCCUUGCCUUCUUGUUACUGCCAGGUUUCAACAGUGAUGCCCCAAACAUACUCAAAAUGAUAAAAAAUGCAACUUGUGUACAGUUUGUAUGUCAAAGCUUUAACAUGAAUCCUUUACCCUUUGUUUUGAAUGAUCUCCUCAAGACUGCAGUCAGUGUAUGUGCAUACAUGUACAUGUACUUUGAGGUUUAAUGCUAUGUAUGUUUAUGUAUCUUUACGGUGCCUUUGUGUAAAUAGAAAGGGAGCCUGAACACCUUUGUAUAUGUAGGUAAUAUUGGAAACAGAGUUGCUUUGGUGUGUCAAUCCGUCCAGUACACGUGCCAUUCUAGAAACGAUCAAAAAGAGAGCAGAGCUCUGCAUGCAUAAAGAAAAGAUCUGUAGCUAGGGUUGCAUAUGCCACCCAAAUCUUGAAUGUUGACUUGCUUUACUCCAAAAAUAAAAAAAAGAAAGAAAAAUCUCCAACCCCCCAAAUGGCUAGCGCAGUGUUGUUUGAAUCCUGCCAUGAAACCACUGUCUGUCAUAUCUGUGCAUUAGGCAGGGUACAUUGCCACUCUAGGAGUUGACAAAUUGUUUUGAAGUUGCUUUUGAAGCUUCCGCACAGUAUGACACGUGUGUUGCCCAAUUUCUUAAUUGUCAAGUGCUCUUUUUGUUGUUUUAAUUUCAGUACGUUGCAAAAUAACAAGCAGCAUUGGUCACCAAUUCUUGUUGGACUUUUAUGUGCGGGCUCUUUAUCAUAAAUUUCGAAGAGUGAGAAUUUUGAAAGAUACAGUAUUUUUGUCAAACCUGCAAAAGUCUUAUGGGCACCUCCAGAGUUUCCCCUUGUUUUGAACCGAUACCAAAAAUAUAUUGACAAUUUAGUGGAGUUUAGACAAGUGCAUAAAAGCAUUAUAUAUUUUAACUUGGAAGUUUUUUUUCUGAAUUUGUCAAAGUAAAUAUUCAUAUGAAUUUGAAGGUUAUAUUUUAAUAUGUCUAUUAAAUGAUUCCUUUUUGCUUUGACCGUCCUGCAAAAGAAUUGCCAUAGUAUUAAUUUUUUAGAGUAUUUUGCUUGAAUGCGUGAUGUUGACUGUAAGCAUUGCGUGACUGGUGUAUAAAUGAUAAACGUACACAUGGAGUAGAUGUGACUUCGUGUUCAUCCAUCCUUACUAUUACAUGUAUGUACAUGUAUAAAAUGUGCCUUUAUCUAACUUACUCUUCAUAGAAUUCAAGUGUUGUUUCUGUUUAUAUAUAUAUGUGUCACUGUGUGUGCAUGUGGUGUGUGCGUACAUACCUAGCCUUUUUUUCAUGUAGAUGUUUUAUAUCUGAGUUUUACUACAGAGUAUUUGAUGCAAGGAGAGAACUUUUUCAGCCUACUGCCUUAAGCUAAUACAGGCAGAGGUCUGGAUUCCAGUUCAGCACUUGAUGAACGGGAUGUGUUUCGUGUGCACCAUGUUGAUGUGCUUUAUUGCUCUUUGGUGUACAGUGUGGUGCAAGUACAUGUUCUCAGUUUAAAUUUCAGAUCCAAAGUCAGCAUUUACUGGUCCACUAUUUUUAUUUUUCAUACACACAUAUUUUGAAUGCAAUAUACAUGUACAUAAAGUAGCUGUAACUAUGCACCCUUAACCAUGUUUACUGUAAGUUACUGUGGAUGGUACAUGACAAUAAAUCACCAAAUAGUUGA